AUGCAGUACUGGCGGCAGUGCGCAUUGUGGCUGAUAAACUGCAAGGUGCUUCCUCCGACCCAUCGGGUAACCGGGGACAGUGCCCAGGUAUUUGACUUGGCUCAGACGCUCCGGGACGGGGUGCUGCUCUGUCAGCUGCUCAACAAUUUGAAACCACACACCAUCAACCUGAAGGAGAUUAACCUUAGACCACAGAUGUCUCAGUUUCUCUGCUUGAAGAAUAUCCGGACCUUCCUGACAUCCUGCUGUGAGGUGUUUGGGAUGAAGAAGACUGAUCUGUUUGAGGCCUUCGACCUGUUUGAUGUCCGGGACUUUGGAAAGGUGAUGGAUGCUCUGUCCACGCUUUCCUACUCCACGGUCGCGCAACAGGCAGGAAUCAAGCCCUUUCCAACAGAGGAGAGUCUGAAAGACGAGGAUAUUUACAGUCAUCUGAAGGACCUGAUUGAUGAGAACGUUCUAGAGGAUGAGGAAGAGUUGUAUGCUCCAGUCUACGGGUUGGAUGACACCGAUGAAGGAGGAGAGAUCUAUGAAGACCUGAUGAGGACCGAACAGCACCCUACACUGAAGCAGGCUGAGCAGAAUGUGAGAAGCUGCUGCCUCUCAGAGAUCAAACAAACAGAGGAGAGAUACACAGAGACCCUGGAGUCUAUAGAGAAGUACUUUUUGAAUCCCCUGAAGAAAUUUUUCUCUGCGGCAGAAAUCGACAAGGUUUUCGUCAACAUCCCUGAUCUGGUGAAAGUCCAUAAGAGUCUGAUGGUGGAGGUGCAAGAGUCCAUCCUCAACAAGAACGCCUUAAACCUCUACCAGAUCUUCAUCGCCUAUAAGGACAGGUUACUCAUUUAUGGCAUCUACUGCAGCCACGUUGAGGUGUCCAUCACAGUGUUGGACUUCAUCUGCAAGGAGAAAGAGGACGUUCGACUGAAGCUAGAGGAAUGUUCUAAAAGAGCCAACAAUGGGAAGUUCACUCUGAGAGAUUUACUGGUGGUUCCCAUGCAGAGAGUCCUCAAAUACCAUCUCCUACUACAGGAGCUGCUCAAACACACCUCCGACGCAGCCGACAAGAACAACCUGAAGAUGGCUCUGGAUGCCAUGAAGGACUUGGCUCAGUAUGUCAACGAGGUGAAGAGAGACAAGGAGACUCUGAAGGAGAUCGACCAGUAUCAACGUUCCAUCGAGAACCUGAACCAGCCCCUGGAGAGCUACGGACGGCCCAAGGGGGACGGAGAGGUCCGCAUGGUGUCUAAUGUUGACAAGAAGAAACAGGACAGACAUAUCUUCCUGUUUGACGGGGCUGUGAUCGUCUGUAAGAGACGAGGAGACAACUAUGAGAUGAAGGAUGUCAUCGAUCUCAACUACUUUAAGAUCACCAACAACCCCACCCAGGAUAGAGAGAGCAAGAAGUGGUUCUAUGGUUUCUACCUGACCCAUCAGCAAGGGCAGAGCGGCUUUGAGUUCUUCUUCAAGACCAAGGAGCUGAAGAAGAAGUGGCUGGACCAGUUUGACAUGGCAAUAUCUAACAUCAGACCAGAGAACUCCAGUAACAACUCCCACCAGUUCAGGAUGCAUACCUUCAUCAGAAUCACUACCUGUAGCUCCUGUCACCUGCUCCUCAGGGGUAUCUUCAACCAGGGCUAUCUCUGUCUUAAGUGUGGACUAGGAGCUCAUAAAGAGUGUCUGGGUAGAGUGGGCGUCUGUGGAAGAACUGAUUGUGCCAAGCUGAGGCCUGAGAGGGCUCCGACGGUGCGGAAACAACCAGACCCAGGUCUCCCCAGGAUGCUGGUGAUCAAAGACUACUGUGGUAUCCCCUCUCCCCAGGGUUCCCCCCCGUUGACCAUCCAUGCUGGGGACAUCAUCGAGCUCAUCUGUGCCGACCUACACAGCUCCUGGUGGCAGGGCAAGAUCUUGGCGACGAGAGAGAUUGGUUUCUUUCCCAGCGAUGCCAUUAGGCCGUGCCCAUGUGUACCCAAACCAGUGGAUUAUUCAGCCCAGCUGUGGUUUGCAGGCCCAAUGGAAAGGCAGGAGGCGGCGGUAAAGCUGAUGGACAGAGAGAACAGCACCUACCUGAUCAGACACCGGACCAGAGAGUCUAACGAGUACGCCAUCAGUAUCAAGAUCAAUGACGAAGUCAAACACAUCAAGAUCCUGACAAAGAAUGGAUGCUUUUACAUCGCAGAGACCAGGCUGUUUAAGACUGUGUUGGACCUGGUAGACUACUACAAGCAACAUUCUCUGAGGGAGGGCUUCAAGAGUCUGGACACAACACUGCAGGUACCAUUCAGGGAGCCAGGCAACGGGAACAACAUGCCCCAAGGCAUCCGACACACUGGCACUGUGUUCUCUCCCAGGGUGGUGGGCAUCGCGUUGGCACGCUACGACUUCAGCUCCAGAGACACCAGAGAGCUGUCUCUACAAGAGGGCGACAUAGUCAAGAUCUACACCAAGAUGGCUAACGGCUGGUGGAAGGGGGAGGUCAACGACAGGGUGGGCUGGUUUCCCUCUACAUAUGUAGAAGAGGAAGACUGA